AUGGAUACUUCUCAGCUCAUCUGCAGAGUCAUUGACUUGGUGGCUGAGCUCAAGCUGGUGACCAACUAUUCUGGUUUGCCUGAGAAUCAAUUUUCUUGCGAGAUUUGCAGUGCUGAAGCUGGUAUUGGGUUCCUCAGAGGAGGAACCUCCUCCGCCGUCCAGGGCCCCUCCGUCCCGGCCCUGGAACCCCGGCUCCCCGCCAGCCCCGGCCCCGGCACCACGUCGGAGAAGAGUGUGGAGGCAGCGGCCGAGUUGAGCGCCAAGGACCUGAAGGAGAAGAAAGAGAAGGUGGAGGAGAAAGCCAGCCGAAAAGAGCGAAAGAAAGAAGUGGUGGAGGAGGAGGAGAACGGAGCCGAGGAGGAAGAAGAAGAAACUGCUGAGGACGGAGAGGAGGAGGAUGAAGGGGCAGAAGAAGAUGAGGAAGAAGAAGAAGAUGACGACGAAGGGCCCGCGCUGAAGAGAGCAGCUGAAGAGGAGGAUGAAGCGGAUCCCAAGCGGCAGAAGACAGAAAAUGGGGCGUCGGCCUGAGCCCCGCGCCAAUGGGCUGGGGGUGGGAGGCCCCUCAGGGCCUGGAGGUGGGGGUGGGGACAGACGAGUGCAGCCACUCUCCACCUGGCUCCUGGCUCUGGACCCUGCACCAGAGCUGCCACCCUCUUUGUCCCCAGCCUUUCUCAUGUCCGCCUCUCCAGACACUGCCUCUUCUAGCCUCACUCUGCCAUUGUUCCACCUCUUGACCGGCUCCAUCUGAGCUCCCCAGCUGGUCCCAAUUGCUCUUCUUCCUGUCCUUGCUCUCUUCCUCCCUUCCCCCAUCCCUCCUCCAGUAGCCUCUCCUUCCUCACCUCUGCAUCCCAGCCUCAUGUCCUGUCCAUCCCUACCCUGCCUGAUCCCUGGGUCUCCCUCAGAUCCCCUUCUCUCAGACAGCGCCAGGCCGGGGUGGGGCCAGGGUUGGGGCCGAGCCCCACAGCUGCCCCCCUCCCCUCCCCUCCCCUUUUUGUAUAAUUUAAUAAAGAAACGGUCGCGCUUC